UCCGCACAUGGACGUCGUGUGAAGGUCUGAACGGAGCUGGGAGGGAGGGAGGAGUGGUGCGCUGUCUACCUCCGUCAAAUCCGAGCUGCCUCCGCCCUCCGCCUCCAGUCCGCCGCCUGCCUGCCAACCUCUACGACAGCCAGCUAGCUCGCCUCCCCCCCACCCCCUUCCAGCGCCUGCGAGUCCCCCCCCCGGGCCGCACCACCGGGAUUUCUUGGACGUUUCUGCGAACUUUGUUUCGGUCGACGACAUUUGGAGAAAAUGGCCAGACCUCUUCCCGUCAACACAACUUUCCUGCAGCCGACUCACGGCGUGCUAAAGUCACUGCUGGAGAACCCGCUCAAGUUGCCUUUCCACCACGACGACGACUUUGGCAAAGAGAAGGACAAGGAGAAGAAACUUGAGGAUGAGAGCGGCGCAGCCAACCCUCCGCAGUCGGCCUUCCUGGGGCCGACUCUGUGGGACAAGACCCUGCCGUACGACGGCGACAACUUCCAGCUGGAGUACAUGGACCUGGAGGAGUUCCUGUCCGAGAACGGCAUUCCUGCCAACACGGCGCAAAGCGACCAGCAGCAGCAGCAGGUGGCGCCGCCUCCCUCCCAGGCCCCCCAGGCCCCCCAGCCCCCGGCUGCCCCCUCAGUGGUGGACCUGAGCAGCCGCGCCACCACCUCGGUGCACCCCGUCAUGCCGCUGCAGCAACAGCAGCAGACGUGUUUGCGCAGCCCCAACUCCACAGCUGCGGCAUCGUCAUCUUCGCGCGACACGCCCAGCCCCAUCGACCCGGAGUCCAUCCAGGUGGCGCUGAGCUACGAGCCCGACCCAGCUGACCUGGCGCUGUCGAGCGUGCCGGGACAGGCCGUGUUCGACCCGCGCAAACACAAGUUCUCGCCUGAGGAGCUCAAGCCGCAGCCCAUGAUCAAGAAGGCCCGAAAGGUCUUCAUACCUGAAGACCUCAAGGAUGACAAGUACUGGGCACGGCGCAGAAAGAACAACGUGGCGGCCAAGCGGUCGCGGGACGCGCGGCGGCUCAAAGAGAACCAGAUCGCCAUCCGCGCCGGAUUCCUGGAGAAGGAGAACGCCGCGCUGCGCCUGGAGGUGGCCGACCUGCGCAAAGAGCUCGGACGCUGCAAGAACGUCGUGGCCAAAUACCAGGCCAGGCACGGGCCCCUGUAAUCAGACACCCUCUCCCCUCGGCCCCCAACCCCAGCCAGACCUCCCUUUAAGGACUAUGUCGUCAUCACCCUCCUGCCCCCCCCAACAGACACACACGUACACACAUGAAAGCCCCUUUCACACUGCCUAUGGAGUGUACGAUUCUGAACUUUCACAGAAAACACGACAAAGCACGACAUUAUGUCUUUGCAAAGCUGCCCCGAAAUUGCAAUCAGGCUUGCAAAAAGACAGACAUUUUUGGUAGCUUUCAGGGAAUUUGGGGCUCAUUUUCAGUGCAUUUGGAGAAACUGUUCUGUAAGUUCCUGGGAAAAUGUCAGCUACAUGUCUGGAACUAUUCCUUUAAAAUUCUGGAAAAUGUCUGGCAAAUUUCAGGAUAACGUUUGAGAGGAGUGAAGCUUGGAGAUUUUGGAAAUAUUGCAAAUUUGUCAAUUAAAAUAAGAGAGCUUUUAUUGCCCAAAUUUAGUUUCAGUUCACUCCAAUGGGGUAUAGCUGAAACUGGCUCAAAAACUCAUUUUAUUUUGGCAACGCAAGGCAAAAAUACUGCCCCAACUGACGUCUCGUACCUCCAAAACAUCCAACUAACUAAUAAAUGUUUAUCCUGUUUGCAAUCUGGAUUAUGCAAAAACUUUUUACAAGAGGCAACCUUCAAUUUAGUCAAUUGUUGGAUCGUUGCGCUUUCUUUAUGGAUAUGACGUUCCCGUGCAAAGUUUCCACCUGUGAAAAUCCUGGAAAUUUGCAACUCUCACUACAUUUAAUUCAUGACAGCAAAAAAAAAAAAAAAGCAAAAGUGACUUUGCAGAGGAGCACAUUGCUUUGGGGUUAGCAUCAUGUUGGCGUUAGCGGUCCGUAUUGAGCAGAAACGUCAUUUUUUUGAUUUACCACAGUUUGAAAGUGUGCUAGUGACAACUACUGGACUUAAAGAAACGCACGCAAAAAGUUUGCGUAUUUCACACAAUAUUGUGAACUAUUAGUAUUUAUUUUUAUCUUUCACGCACAAAGUCAGGCAGCCAUCUUUGCUGUUCAGUGUGAAAGGAGCUUCAUUUUUUUCCCACCCUCCCAUUUUGACUCCAAAACCCAACCCCAGCGUUAAAGCCAUCACGAUGAGGACGUACCCCCUGACGACACUGUUUUGUUUUGUUUUUUAACCUUCUCUGGAUGUUUUGUCACAAUGAUCUCAGUUUAGAUUGUCCGACAACACACAUCCUCCUCUUCCUCAUCAAUUUGUGCACUAAAGCGUAGUUCAUAAUCGUCUUUCUACAUUGUUCUGCCCUCAUUUCAAUUGCCGUUUUUCCAGCAUGAUUUCAUCCUUUACCCCUUUCUUUGAUUUUUUUUAUUUUUUUGCAGUUGAUUUUUUUCUGCUUGUAUUAAACAUAGCAUGGACCCCUCUGACCCCUGACCUUUCACCCCAUCCCAUGUGGUAGAGCCCCUCCCUCGACCCGUUAGUGUCUGCAUAAUUGCCGCCGCCACCGCCCGUCAGGCCAACAAGAUGGUGGCAUGAAUGUAAAAGAAGGAAAGUUUUUUUUUUUUUUUUUUUUUUUUUGUUUUCUGUAGGGGUGGCCGACCGCGUCCAGUUUGUCGCAGACCAAACCAAUCGCUUACAGAGAUGAUAUAUUGGUUACAAGAGAUGCUUAUAUAUAAAACCUAUAAAUCUAUAUGUUGUUGUUUUGUACAGUAUUUUUCCUAUACAUUUACUUAAUAUGUAUUUUAAAGGCACAAGAGAUCCAGAAUAUUAUUAAAGAUUACAACAAUACAAGGGUCUUUUUUUUUUUUUU